UCAAAGGGAAGUAAAGAUUCAGGUGGCGCAGACACAGCCCUGGUCUGCCGAAGGCAAAGUAUUCCAGAGGAGUUCCGAGGGGUCACCAUUGUGGAACUAAUCAAGAAGGAGGGUAGCACUUUAGGGCUAACCAUCUCCGGUGGCACCGACAAAGAUGGAAAGCCUAGAGUCUCCAACUUGAGAGCUGGUGGACUAGCAGCCAGAAGUGACCAGUUAAAUGUGGGGGAUUACAUCACGUCUGUGAAUGGGAUUCACCUGACCAAACUGCGCCAUGAUGAGAUCAUCAGCCUGCUGAAGAAUGUAGGGGAACGAGUGGUGCUGGAGGUGGAGUACGAGCUCCCCCCUGCUGCCCCGGAGAACAGCUUAGGAAUUAUCCCAAAGACCAUCGAGGUCUCCCUGUAUAAGGAAGGCAAUAGCUUUGGCUUUGUGCUCAGAGGGGGAGCUCAUGAAGACUGGCACAAAUCCAGACCACUCGUCCUCACCUAUGUGAGGCCUGGGGGCCCAGCUGACAGGGAAGGAUCCCUGAGAAUUGGGGACAGGUUGCUCAGUGUGGAUGGCAUUCCACUUCACAACUUGACCCAUGCAGAUGCCCUCAACAUCCUUCGACAAUGCAGCCAGGAAGCACUCUUCCAGAUUGAAUAUGACGUCUCCAUUAUGGAUACAGUAGCCAACGCCUCAGGUCCUUUAUUAGUGGAAAUAGCCAAGACGCCGGGCUCUACUCUGGGAAUCUCGAUCACCUCUGGCACCCACAGGAACAAACAGGUCAUUGUGAUUGACAAGAUCAAGCCGGCCAGCGUUGUAGACAGGUGCGGGGCCCUGCACAUUGGCGACCACAUCCUGUCCAUCGAUGGCACCAGCACGGAGCACUGCUCUGUGCUAGAGGCAAUGCAGCUGUUAGCCAGCACCACAGAGAAUGUCAAGUUGGAGAUCCUGCCGGCUCACCAGAGCAGGCUCCCCCUGAAGCCUCCUGAUGCAGUGAAGGUGCAGAAGAGUGACCAUCACCACUGUUGGGACCCCUGUGUCAACUACUGCCCCAGCCACCAUCCCAGCCAUUGCAAGACACCAACUUGGAAUCAGCCCUCUAGCCAGGAUUACUGCAAACCCCUGUCUGCCGCCCCUUUCUCCUCACCAAUGAUGAACGCUCAUGGCUUCUCAUGCCCAAACUCGAGCACACUACCUCGGAGCACCCAACCCAUGAGCCCCCGGGCAACCAUGAUGAGGAGAAGACAAAGAAAAAAGGAGUACAAAAGUUCAUUGUCCCUUGCCUCCAGCACUGUGGGACCUGGCGGUCAGAUCGUGCACACAGAAACAACAGAAGUGAUCCUUAGAGGAGACCCCCUCAAUGGCUUUGGACUCCAACUCCAGGGUGGGAUCUUUGCCACAGAAACCUUGUCCUCCCCACCUCUCAUCCGCUUCAUCGAGCCUGACAGCCCUGCUGAGAGAUGUGGCCUGCUGCAGGUUGGAGACAGAGUACUGUCCAUCAACAGCAUUGCCACGGAAGACGGGACCAUGGAGGAAGCCAACCAGCUCCUGCGGGAUGCAGCACUCUCAAACAAAGUCUCCCUCGAGAUUGAGUUUGAUGUAGCAGAGUCAGUAAUCCCAAGCAGUGGCACUUUUCAUGUGAAGCUGCCCAAGAAGAGAGGAGUGGAACUGGGGAUAACCAUCAGUUCUGCAAGCAGGAAGCCUGGAGAACCCUUGAUUAUAUCUGACAUCAAGAAGGGAAGUGUGGCACACAGGACAGGCACCUUGGAGCCAGGGGACAAGUUACUUGCCAUUGAUAACAUUCGGCUGGACAACUGCUCCAUGGAGGAUGCUGUGCAGAUUCUGAGACAGUGUGAGGAUCUGGUGAAACUGAAGAUUAGAAAGGAUGAAGAUAAUUCAGAUGAACAGGAAACAACAGGCGCCAUCAUUUACACAGUGGAGUUGAAGAGGUACGGGGGCCCUCUGGGUAUAACUAUCUCAGGGACCGAGGAGCCUUUCGAUCCAAUUGUCAUCUCAGGAUUGACCAAGCGAGGACUGGCAGAGAGGAGAAGCACCCAGGCUGCCCAGCUGUCCUGUCUCAGCUUCGGACACAUGACCAGCCCACCUUCUUUUGCCACCAUUCAUGUCUUUGAUGGUUCCUUGCAUGCCAUUUCUUACAAGCCAUUACUGCUGACUCUUUGGAAGGACCCAGUGAGUGAAGAUUUUGGCUUCAGCGUCUCAGAUGGCCUGUUGGAGAAGGGUGUCUAUGUCAACAUGAUUCGCCCUGGUGGGCCUGCUGAUCACUGUGGCCUCAAACCGUUUGACCGAGUCCUUCAGGUAAAUCACAUUCGAACUCGAGACUUUGACUGCUGCCUGACUGUGCCACUCAUCUCUGAAGCUGGAGACAAACUGGACCUAGUCAUUAGCCGGAACCCCCUGGCAGUUUCCAACAAAACUCAACAGGAGGAGAACAGAGUGAUGUCUAACUCACCCUCUGUGGGCCUGGAGAUGAGGGAUAGCACCCGGAUGCUCUGAAAAUUGAUCCUGGACCUAAAAGUCUCCCCUAUGGCAGAGGCACUGGGUACAUCCCACACUACCAUGUCUCUUACCCCAGUGUUGGAACUGGGAAUCAAGAAGGCAAGGGGCAAGGUUCUGAAAGAAGUCAGACCAUCCAGAAUGGCUCCUUCUGGCCCCUUAGUCGCACUUUGGGUCCCUGAGCUGCUGAGAAGUAGUUGAGGUCAGGACCCAUGCUCUCCAUUCAUCUUUUCUGCCUGGACCCAAGCUGCCCUCCAGCUGGUAUUGAGGCUGUCUGUCCUUUUCCCCCUCUGCUCCCAUCUCAGAGGAUCUGCAAUCUCUAACUGUGCAUUCAUUUGAACUCAUUCACCCACAUACACACGGUGCUAUAUCCCUUGGACAGCAUUGGUGUGAAGAUCUUACCCAUCAUUUACCAUUUCCAAGGUAGCCAUCCUAUCAUACUCCUUUCUCUCCCUCCUUCCACAUUAAUAGCCACUUGGGUACAUCCGUCAAAUGGGGCCUGACUUGCACCCCCAUUCCAAUUCUUGUUCUCCAUUCCUGGGGCCUGUCUUGUGGCAGCAAAAGCUGCUCUAUUUGCAGAGGGAUUGUGUUGGAUCUUCAGGUCUUACAGCCAUAGAUUAUUAAAGCUGAAGGGGACCUUGGGCUAUAGAAUGUCAGAAUUGGAAGUACCUGAGGGUAUAGAAUAUCAGAUCUGGAAAGCACCUUAGAAGGUAAAAUGUUGGAGCUGGUAGUGGCCAAGACUAUAGAAUGUCAGAGUUGGAAGGGACCUUAGAGCUCCCCUGAUCCAAUUCCUUUUAUUUUCUAGAGGAGGAAAUGGGUCCCAGACAAAGGAAGUGUGACAGUUCAGAUUCCAACUCUCAAGUCCAGUGUUCUUUCCACUAUACAGUGUGACCAGAGUUCUGAUUACCAGUGGGAGCUAAUCUGGGUACUGUUUGUUCCUUUGAAUAGAGUGCAAGAGGAGAAACUGAAGACAAUCUUCAAAUCUGGCUUCAUCUAGCUCUGGGAAGCUAGGUGGUACCAUAAUGCAUAGCUAGCCAUGCCUGGAGUGAGGGAAACUCAUAUUCCUGAGUUCAAAUCUGGCCUCAGACACAUUUACUAGCUAUAACCAUGGGCAAGUUACUUCACCCUGUUUGCCUUAGUUUCCUUAUCUGUAAAAUGAGCUGGAGAAGGAAAUGGCAAACCACUCCAGUAUCUCUGUCAAGAAAGCCCUAAAAGGGGUCAGAAAGGGUCAGAAAAAAACUAAAAUAACAACAUCUAGCUCUGGGACUGUACCCACAUCCAUGGGACAUUCACCCUCCAACUACAUUAGAGUGACUGGCCUGAAAUGUUGUGGAGUGUCUUUUCAUUCCAUGUAAUGUUUCUAGGACUAGAUGGAAAAAGGCAUCUGAUAGCCAAUGAGUAGGGUAGCACUCGUCUCUCUUGAUAAAAGGACUCAUGACAGCACCUAGGCCCAAAACAAGAAGCCUGGAUAAUUGACAAAUCAAUCAGACUAGCCUUAAACACAUCAGAGGAUGAACAAAAGAAGAUAGGUGGAGGCCCUGGUGUCAGCUCUCAGCCCCAGUCCCAGUUCGUAAAUCAUGGAAGAAAACCAUCCUACCAAAGGAUCAUUUGACAGAACGUGGAAUAGUAGCCUAUCAGAAGAGGCUAGGGAUGAGAGUAGAGUAGAGAUGAUGGCCAUCUUUAAGUACUUGAAGGGCUUGCAAGUGGAAAUGGCAAUAGAAUUCUGCUUGGCCAGAAUUCAUUUUGAUGAAAGGAAAAACUUUUCAAUAAUCAGAGGUGUCCAAAAGUAAAAUAGGCUUCCUUAGGACUGGCAUUUCCCAUCACUGAAGCCUUCACUGAGAGUCUGGAUAGGUGCAAUAUUAUAGAGGGACUCUCUAUAGAGGAAAGAGUUGGCCUAGAUGACCUCUGAGGGUCUUUGCUACUGAUAGGAAGGAAGUAAAGGGAAUGAUGGGAAUUCUUGGAAUUGUCAAGGACUAUCCAUCAUCCUCAGAGUCUGGAGGAAAGAUUGGGGUGGGGGUGGGGGGAAUGCUUUAAGUACAAGAUCUCUGACCUCAGCCCUGUUCCUGACUUCCCUUGAUCCCAGACCUAGCUCCUAAUGUGUGACCCCACACCCACACCCCACAGUCUCAUGAUGCACCUCCAGAUUUAAUGAGAUGAUGCCAAAACUUUGAAAUAAUAGUCCUCCUAACCUAGUUGCUUAGGUCUAUUAUUUGCUUACAGUUUUAGGGAAGCAGAUAGCUCUUUAAAGGCCAAACUGAGGUCACUACUAAUUUCGAAAACAUGGUAUUUGGUGCUCCCAAGAUUCAUGGUUUCAAAGAGACAUUGAUAGACUGGCACAGAAAAUUGUCCAAUAUGGCAGAGGGUGAAGAAGCCACAUCUCAAGACCAAUUGAGGGAACCAAAGAUAUAUAGCCUAGAGAAGAGAAGACUUAGGGGAUGGGGGGAACAAGGAUGAGGCACAAUAGCUGUGUUCAAAAUAUAUGAAGAACUGCCAUAUUAAAAAGGGGUUCAACCUGCACUGAGAAGCUCUAGAAUAUAGACCCAGGAUUAAGGUGUGAAAGCUGUAGAAAGGCAAAUUUCAAAUCAAAAUAAGGGAGAACUUCCGACAAUAAUCAGAGUUGCUCAAUAGAGGAAGGGCUUUGAUUCAACUCAACAAGCAUUUUACUUGGUGUAUCUUAAGAAAAUGAACUCUCAUCAAUGGGAAUAUUCAAACAGAGGCUGGAGGCCCAUUUCUCUGUCAAGGAUUCAGUGGAAGUCCCAGUGGGGAUAUUUUGACUAGGGGACUUCUAUAGUCUCCUCCAUCUGCCUUUAAGAGUCUAGAUUCCAUUUGUAGAGUUUGACUUUAAUGAAAAGUGUGAGGGUGGGGUCCCAACUCCCCUUGGACAGGGAACUUUACUAUCAGAUAAUCCAUCUCUGGUGCCUCCUGGCAUGCCUCAACCACUGUCCCCCCAUCAAAGUUCCAGUGCCACCUUUGAGAACCCAUGUAAUAGUCAAGACCCCUAGACAAAGAGGUUCCCCCCACCACCCCACCCCACCCCCAUGUUAAGAGGUAGGUCCAAGCUCCCAAUCAUGUGCUUAACUAACAUGCACCAGGCAGGAAACAUCAGCCACUGGGGAGAGCUCAAAUUCACUUAGCACUAGAUUGGGGCCAGAAGCUAUUGUCUCUAGUCAGGAAAUGCAAAGGUCCCCACCUCCCAUGCCCAAGACGACAUUUCUAAAGUUCAUGAAAGCACAUAAUUGCAUUUUCUAAUCAUCUCAUUAAGUAAUUUUUUAAGGCACUGGGAAUAAAAAGACAAAAAUAAAAGUCAAGUCCCUGGUCUUAGGGAUCUUAUAGUCUACUUUCCCUGGAAGGAUGGCACUGGCCCAUGCUCAUAUGUUGUGGUAAUCAUAGUGAAUGGGGGGGGGGGGACUGUCAACUUUUCUUCCUCUGAUCAGUUUGAAGUAAGAGUGGAGAAUCUUUUUUUUUUUUUUAAAUUUGAGUGUCACUGGAGGAGUUGGGUUGUCAGGGAGUCAGUCAAGUGCCAUAUAAGUAAAAAGAAAAUUUUUAUUUUUUUGAGAGAGAUAAAUGUUAUACGUUCCAUGUUGUGAAUUAAAGAGUCUUUUCCCCUUCAUGUGGGCCAUAAACUUUAUUCAAUAAACAUUUUAAAAUUUACCUCAGUCCUACCUUAUGGCCAAUAAAGGAAGGAAGAGGGAGGAAGGGGGAAGAGAGAAAGAAAGAAGAUGACGUGUGGGAAGACAUAAGGCAAAUGGGUAAAGAGAGAUUUAUAUUUACCAAGACCUAAAAAAGCAAACUCAUUUACAAAUUCUGGUAGGGUUUUUUUGAGGGGAGCAAAUAUCUUCCCUAUUCUCCACCACCCAAUGGAGGCUGCCCACUUCUGCUUUAAAUAAACAAGUCUCCUGAAGAAAGACCUCUCAUCCUCCUUUUCCUAUCUCCUUGACUGCCAAGGUGGUGUCUACCUUCUCCCUCUUCCCCCAUCCUACUUCCCUUUUUAUUCCCUCCUUCUGCCCUGUCUUCCUCUUACCUUUUAUCCCUUAUUUCAUCCUUCCCUAUCUCCCUCCCUCUGUUUAUCCCUCCUUUCUUCCCUUCUUUCUAUCCUUUUCCUCCUUUCUUCCUGCCCUUUCUCUUGCUCUUUUUUUCCUGCCCUCUCUCUCUCACUUCUUUCUGUCUGCCCCUUCCUCUCUUUCUUUUGCCCUUUCUUCCUUCCUCAUGAAGUACUGAGUGCCUAUGCUGUGCCCAGCCUGGGGCUAUCCACUGUGGGAGAAACUAGAGAAGGAGAAACCUUGGCCCUACCUCCUAUCAUUUCAUUCCUCAAAGGAUUUGGUCUGAUGAAUAGGCAAAGCCCAAGACAUCAAAUCUCCAUUUUUCUUCACAUUUCCCUCAACCCCUAGAUCCCAUCCCCCCUUUCCUUUCCCACUUUCUGGGUUGAUUUCCCCUAGCCCUUUUCCCUCCUUCCUCCCAUUCCUCCAGUCCACUUCGUAUUUCCAUUUCUUCCAUCUCUGUCCCUUUACAGGUUGCACUCACUGAAGACUAGGUAUGAGGGAUGGGAAGGGGCCCAAGUUGCUCUGUCUGUCUUUGCUUGUCUUUUGUACCACUUUGUGGCCCUAGAAAGGGACCGCACAGACCUCACCAGCCAGGAUCAAAGAUGGGCCAGAUGGAAUCGAGUUCUUUCCAGCAUCCCUACAACAGAUCCCCUCAGAUCUUUGCCACAUUUGGAGACGUGCAGACCGUUACAGGUACUGGGCGUCUCACCCUUCUGCCCUUGACUGCCUGAGCCUAUCCCUGUGACUGGCUGCCCCACUGACUGUAAGCAGGAUGCCUUCUGAUCCUUCCCCCCACCCAACCCUCAUGAAUCUCCUGGUCCCUGCCUCAUUGAAGGUCUGGACGUUCACCUGCCACCUUUUCUUUGGCUUCUGGGAUUUGUCUAUAGUCAAGAACUAACUAACUGCAGCUAAUCCAGGAAACCUCCCACCAUAACUCUGGUCAUACCCUGGGGGGUUCCCUGAAAUUUACCAAACAAAUGACCACCUCUGUCACCCACCACCCUCAUUACCUGAUCUAAUUUGAGUAGCACUUUAUUUUGGUUGAGGCUGGAGGUUUGGUGGUUGCUUUGUUUAUUUGGGUUCCUUUGUAACUUUCCAUUGGGGCUUGUCUUAGAAGGGAAGGGAUUAUUUCACAUUCUCUCCUAGUAGAUAUUUCCUUUUCUUUAUCCUUCUGGUCCAUCAGAAAACACCUGUGUGUCUAUAUUGGCUUCAAAUGUCUCCAACUUUCAGGCUUUGGGAAUUGAAGUCAGGACCCAAGAGAGCCUUGGACUGGGAAUCUGGAGGCCAAAACUCCAGUCCCAAUUCUGUCAUUGACUUGCUGUGUGACCUUACACAAAUUAUUUCCCCUCUCUGAGCCUCAGUUUCCAUUUCUGUAAAAUGAUGGGAUUGGAUUAUGUGAUCUAAAUGAUCUGUAUGUUCCCUCCCAGGUCUAGUAUUUUAUGAGUCUGGAACUUUGGCCUGGAACAAUUUGGAUGCUCCCCCAUCCAUUCUGAUGUACCCUCAAAGUGAGGGAGAGAUUGGAAAGUGGGGUCCAUCUUUGGGCAUUGUGGGGAGGGAGACUGGGCCAUCUACCAUCCCAUCUAGCCAACUGUAGCUGCCUCCAUUUUUCUCUGACGUAUGCAAUCCAGCAUCCCCAGUCAGCUGCCCCUCAGUUUGCCUGGAAUAUCCAGGCAGCCCUGACCCCCCUGGGCCAGUGGCUUUUUAUAUGCAAUAUUCAUGGCAGUAGACAGUUCACUGUGGCUUCUAGUUGGGGUUUUAAGUGAAGACUUUUAAUGAAAGGCUUUAAAAACAAACAAACAAACAAAACCCAGUCCUUGUCCCUUCCUAUGCAUUUUGAAUAAGGUCCCAAUGAAAUGCAGUUACUCAAAUGUGUAUUUUUAUCCAUAGAAGAGUAGAGUGUAUUCCUUGUAAAGUAUUUUUCUAUGUUGGGUUUUCUUACAGCGCUCCGAAAGCACAAACUUUAAAGGGAGAGGGGUACAAAGACAAUUUUAGCUCUGUUUUGAACCAGUUUGUAAAUCUCCGAAAUGAAAAGAGACUGCCAUGACUUUGGAGUUGGGGGACGGGGUGGAGGGAGGGGAGGAAAUAGCAGUUUGUUUGGGGGUUUUUAAAAAAAUAAAAUAAAAUAAUGAAUGUGGACCUGGA